AUGGGUUCACAGACUGAAGCCUUAGCAGGUGCCGGUUGUCCGCCUGCUGGUCAUAUUACUAAAUUUGUAAGCACAAACACGGUGAUGAGUCCAUCUACUGAUGUCUUGAACGAUCCCAGUGGAGAUGGGUGCCCUAUUGGAUUAUUGUCUCGUUUUCCCACUGACUCUUUAGUUGAAGCUCUGGCCAACUCCAAGAAACAAGAUGUCAAUAUAGACUCACAAAUUGAACCUACACAAAAGAAAUCAGCGGCCAAAGCAAGAAUCAGUAAAGCUGAUCUUGAGAUAAUCAGUUCUUGUGAUGCUUUUAAUGAUGAAUCUCUUGAAAAAUCAUCCAGAAGGGUUCAUUCUGCAGAUUUAUCAUCAAGUGAAUGCCAUUCUCGGGGCGGUUCGGAUUCAGAAGAUAUGCGGAGACCAUUUGCUAGCAUUGCCAGAGAGAAAAAGAAACAAAAAAAGAGGAAGAAAAAUGAAGAUUCUGAUUCCGUAAAGUCAAAUAGUUCCUCAAGUGAAAUUAAUGAUAAAAUAAGCACCAGUUUUAGGUCAGUAACAGAACCUUCUUUAUCCACUGUGUAUCCUUCUAACAGUAACAGUCCUUUGUCACUAACAGAUUAUAUUUGCGAUACAAAAAUGCCGGAACAAAAUGCUGUACAGGAAUCACUGUUGUACAAGGAUGUCAUUAAAAAAUGUGCUGCGGGGUUAAAAAACAAAGACAUUGACUCUCAGAGUUGGAUUUUAGAAAAUGGGUAUGUGGGUAGCAACAGUUUUGAUAAACAUUCAGAAAUGAUCGCAGAAGAAAUCUCAAAUACUUUAUUUUUCUCAGCUAAGGAAAACCAAAAUCGAAGACAUAAACCAAUGCAGCAGCUUCCAAAAAUAAAAUCUCUUCAUUUUAAUAUUGUAAAACAUAAAAAUAAAAUAACAAAUACAUUCCCGCCAUGUUUUGUAGUUGUUAAAAAGCUUCAGAUGCAUAAAUUCCUGAAAUACUCCAAUUGUGCAGAUAGUAUUUUACCACUGUCGGCCAGGUUAAAGCACCUUUCAGAGUUGUGUGACCAAGGACUUGUUAAAUGUAAAAAGAAAAAGCAAGACGCCGGAGGUGAGCUAAUUUACAGAAAUAUUUUUGAAGAGACAGUUUUACCUGAAACAACUGAAGAUGAGGUGGAUAGUUCAAGAAAAAGAAAUCUUAGAAAGAGAGAUAAACACAUCAGCUAUGUUGAACCCUCCGAAGAUGACAUAUUAGAUGAGUUUUCUAGGAAGCGCCGCUCAAAACACAAAGAUGUUGCUGUUAGAUCUGAAGAUGAAAGCACAGCUGAAAACAAGAAAAAAAAGAAGCACACUUCUUUGUCUGAAUCAAAAACAGAUUAUUCAAAUACUGCUACUUCAAAGGCUGUUGCUUCAAAAGCUGUAACUGUAUUGCUUGUGGCUCCCCCACAGGGAAGCAGUGACAGAAACAAGGUUUUGGAAGACACAGGAAUUGGUGGUGAAAUUAGUAAGAUAAAAACAAAACCUAAUGAGAAAGAUAAAGAAGUGAACAGAGAAAUUAUAGUCUAUCCGCCUGUAAGCUCGGGCUCCAAAAAUUAUUAUUAUGCCAGAGCAGGUACAACUACUCCUAAAACUGGAAACAGCACUUUGCAAAUGAAACAGAAACCUACUGGUGCAAUGCAGAUUUCACCACCAUCAACCAAUAUCACAGUUUUACCAACCACAACCAUAUCAGGAGCUUUCGUGCAUCAUCCGAAUCCAGUGAGUAUUUUUCCAUCGCUAUCUCUUGGCAUCCCUGGGAGCUUCCCAACGCAAACCAUCAUGCCAGGAACACCACUUUCUUCCCAGAUAUCUACCGCAGGUGGAAUUAAAAAGCAGCCUCAAUAUUGUGUUGUUAAAAUGGAUGGCAAAGAUGUACUUCUACAGAUCGUCUCUUCAGGUGGAAUUGGAACAGCUGUUCCUGUAGUAAUGCCUAAAGGGAAGGCUUUGUUAACAUCAUCCAUCCCAUCAGUCCCAUUGGUUGCUGGAUCCCAUUUUAUAGGGCAGCCUCCGGUUUCACUUUCCAGCUCUACACAGUCAAUGUCAGUACCUCUGACAUCAGUUGUCACAGUAUCUCAGGGCAGUGUAGCAUCAGCUGCUUCUCUGCAGCCAAUGAUGGGCAUACAAGUUUUAAGCAGGCCGAUAACUACAAGUUCUCAUAACCUGUCUGGGUCAGCAUUACCUGUGAUACAACCUGCUCAACUGACAAGCAUGACCAACACUACUAGUGUCAGGCCAGUAAACCUCUCCUCAGUUCAGCAGAUCCCUCAGAGUUCAACUGCAUUUAAUUCUGGUGUAUCUGUCGCUUCAUUUGCAUCAGCUAGAACUAUGUCAGCAUUGCCUGCUGCUGUCACUCCCAUGGCUGCACCUAACACAACCACAGUGGUUCGAACUGUACGUGUGCCUGGCCCUAAUUUGAGAGCAGUGGCUCCAAACCAGUCAACAUCUCUUCACUCAUUCAGAAUAUUUGUGCCUGGAUGUUCGGCAACAGGGAUGCCUAGCCGCUUUGCUACACUUGGGACCAUCGCUAACACCAAUCCACUUACUCACUUGGCAGCCAGCAGUUUAUUGUUGCCUCAGCGCAAACACAGCUCUGACCUGGAAAUGACCCCUGAACAGCGAACAGCGAAGCGAAGAAAGCUAGAGAAAAAGUACCCUUUACCUCCUGGUGUAGUUAUUAAAACAGAACCACUAGAUGCAGCACCCAAACCGUCCCCCGUGAUAACAUCUGUCAGUGGGCCGAGGUCGUUACUGUCACAGAAUGUACAUUUACUAUCUUCUGCUAGACCCGGCACAAAUUUUCAGAGCAUUCGGAUAAUCAGUCCCUCUUUAGCAAAUUCUUUAGCUGCAAGGAACUUACGAGGCAACUCAAAUAUUAUAUACAGAGCUGCUUCAAUAGGGGGUGGACAAACAAUUCUGCUUCCGACAUCACUGGGACAGAUUUCUACAAGGACAACCACAACAGUCACAUCUGUUUCUGUAACUUCCUCAUCAUCGUUAGCUACUUCAUUUUCAGAGCCUACAUUGGUCAGUGCUAGGAAAGCAAGUGACAACACUAACACAAAUGCAGCUAUUGCUAGUGAUUCCUCCGUUUCAUUUUCAUCAUUCAGGCCCAUUUGUGAAAAUAAUGUGCCGUCCCCAGUGCUACAGUCUGCUGUAUUUGCUUCUGUUUCUAGCAGUGCUGCAGGACUGAGUGAUACUGAUACCACAUUCUCAUCAUCUGUAAUUGUUACCUCAAGUAUACCAUUAGAAGCAGCUAAUGGUAUAAACACAGCCUCUAUCUCUACACCCACUUCAGGAGCAAAGUCUCUACACACUUCAGGUACAUCAGUUGUUGCAGAAAAUAGAUCACUUGGAAGCAGCCCAUUAUUGGCUUCUGCUAAAAGACCCUGUGAGGGAAGCUCAUUGGAAAACGUGAGAAAUGCUCUCGAGGAACUGAAAAAGUUCAUUCAGGUGCAGGAAGUUUGUGGUCUCAAGGGUGAUCGACUGGAGAAAUUAAAAGAGUUACUCCAGAAGAAAGAAGAACAGUAUAAGGACAUGUUGCAGUUGGCUGAUGGGGGUAUAUCAUUGCUUUCAGCACCAAAAACUAAUGGCAACAUUGGGGCUGCGGACGACACUAAUAUUGCUCUGAAUGAUAAAGGUGGCUCAGAGACAGAUCCCUUUGUUAUAGAUUAA